AUGAUGAUCCAGAAAUGGGUGGAAAAUGAGUGCAAAUCUGAUGCAUCUCUUUCACUUGUUGCCUCACUUUACAAAAACUUGGUUGCGGAUGGCUACUCGUUCUCAUCAAGUGAACCGAAAAAAUCGAGCCUUACUCGGGACAUUCAAGCGGAAGAGGAAGACGCUUUAGCAAAAGCUAUAGCCCUAUCACUGCAAGAAGCCGACAAGGCUCCAAAAACCAGCAAACUAUACCAGUCCUUGAACACUUCAUAUCCUUCCACCAAUGGAACGAGUAACAAGACUAGCGAGCGUACGGUUCGUGCGCUGUACGACUUUGAGGCUGCCGAAGACAAUGAACUUUCUUUCGUAAGCGGUGAUCUCAUUACAGUCACGGACGACAGUAAUCCAAAUUGGUGGUGUGGCCGCAUCGGUGUCCAGCAGGGACUUUUUCCCUCCAGUUUUGUUACGUCGGACCUCUCGGAAGUAAAGCCUGAACCCACUUCCGUAGCAACAGCAGCUCCGGCUGCCCCAGCUACCAUUGACGAGUCAGUAUUGUUGCGUUGUAUCCAAAUGCUUGAAGACUGUGAUCCUACUGGUGAUACUCCUGAUCCGCCAGAGCUGGCUAGAAUUGAACAAGCAUCUCGUGCACAAGCUCCGCUGAUUGACGCUCGAUUAGCAGCCAUUGAUGCGCAAGUGAAUGCUCUUUCUCAGGUGGACAUGGCGAUACGAGAUGUUCUAGCGUUAUAUGACGAGGCUGUGCAAAAAGCCCAUUACCAGGCUUACCAACCUCCUCCCGUUAUGAACGCCCCAGGAGUAGCGAUGCCCCAACCUAACCCUGGAAUGCCGCCAAAUGUGAGUUCAGCUAUAGACUUUGUCAAUGCCUAUCAUUGGAUUGAUCAUAAUCUCGCGCAAGUCAGAUAUCGGAACUUCAAUCUC